UGCUGGCUUCGCUGGAGCGUAACCUGUUGCCCGACGCAGUGAUAAGGAGGCUUACUCGCCUGCUCUUGGCCGCCCGUCUCCGCUCCAGUUACAAAUCCUCCUCUCCCCUUCAGCUCUCUCACCUUCUCCACUUCGCUCACUUGCCUGCUUGCCCCCUUUUUCUUGACUGGUUGGUUGUCUUCAAAGCAAAGAAGACUUUUAGCAGCUAAAUCAUCUCUUGAAAAUUUUAAGUAAAGUCCUUUCCACGGUGGGUUGUUCUCUGAGCAAGUUGAAGGCAUCAGUUUGCAAAAUGGCAAAGCACAAGGAGUGUGCCUUGAGAGAAAUGCCUAUAGCCAUCCACACUGAUAAGCCAAAAUCUCAACAUUAUGAACUGCCUACCUCCUUUUUCAAGCUUGUUCUUGGGAAGCAUCUCAAAUACAGCUGUUGUUACUUCACUAAUGCAUCAAGCACCUUGGAGGACGCUGAGGAAGCAAUGUUAGAGUUGUACUGUGAGAGAGUGGAUCUGAAAGAUGGCCACUCUGUUCUCGAUAUUGGAUGUGGGUGGGGUUCACUUUGUUUAUACAUUGCAAAGAAGUAUACUAAUUGCAAGGUUACGGGGAUCUGCAAUUCAACAACCCAGAAAGCGUAUAUUGAGGAGCAGUGCAGGGAUCUUCAGCUGCAGAAUUUGGACAUCAUUGUUGCUGAUAUUAGCACAUUCGAUAUGGAUGCUUCCUAUGACCGGAUACUUUCCAUUGAAAUGUUUGAGCAUAUGAAGAACUACCAUGAUCUUCUUAAGAAGAUAUCCACGUGGAUGAAACAAGAUAGCCUUCUUUUUGUGCAUCAUUUCUGCCAUAAAGCAUUUGCUUACCACUUUGAGGAUGUCAAUGAUGAUGACUGGAUCACUAGAUACUUCUUCAGCGGAGGUACAAUGCCCUCAGCAAAUCUGCUUCUUUAUUUUCAGGAUAAUGUUUCUAUAGUCAAUCAUUGGCUCGUGAAUGGAAAGCAUUAUGCAAAGACAAGCGAAGAGUGGCUUAAAAGAAUGGACAAAAAUUUGAGUUCCAUAAAGCCAAUAAUAGAGUCAACUUAUGGCAAAGAUUCUGCUGUGAAGUGGACCGUUUACUGGAGAACAUUCUUCAUCGCAGUUGCAGAACUCUUUGGCUACAACAAUGGGGAAGAAUGGAUGGUUGCGCAUCUCCUUUUUAAGAAGAAAUAAAUCCCAUAUGAUGUCAGUUUGUUGGAUUCCAAAUCGAAGCUGAUCAUAUGCCUCCCUUUUACCACCUGGAUUUAUCUGUUUUUCAAGUUUCACGAUCAGUUCUACCAAAUGAUCAAUAAGGGUGGAAGCAAAAUUAGGGGCAUCAGUUAUGUCCUAGUAGCUUCUUGAAAUGCCUUCCAACAACAGUGUAUACUUAUUAGAGAAUUCCACAAUUGCCUUCAUGUUGUAAACAUUAUAUGCCUCAAUGUUUGUUAGUUUUAUCCAUGGAAAAUAAAAAUGUGAAGAUUAUAGCCA